AUGUUAGAUCUGACAUUUUCGAAGCUGCAAUCCCACAUCGACCACUUCAACCAUCUUCCCGACUUUAUCCUCCUCUUGAUCUUCAACAGGAUCAGCGAUGUCAAGGCCUUGGGUUGGUGUUGCGUCAUUUCGCGCCUCUUCCACUCCCUUGUCCCUCAGGUUGACAACGUCGUCGUUCGGGUCGCCUGCGUUUUCUCUGACGAUGACUCUUCGUCUUCUUCUCUUUUCGCCCCGGCUAUCUCCUCUUCCUCCAACAAGUCUCGCAACCCAUUCUCGAACCUCUUCCGGUUCGUUUUCGGCGGAAUCACCCGCUUCAUCUUCUUUCGCCUCCUCCGCUCUGUUGCUCUCCUCAAAGACUUCAACGAAAUUCGCUUCCUUCGAAUCGAGCUUCCCAGCGGCGAAUUGGGUAUCGAGGAUGGGGUUUUGUUUUUUCGAGAGGAUGUGGAGUUUUUUGAUUUUAUGGGUUUUUUGUGUGUUUGUUUCCCAAGAAAAUUUCUGGGUUUAUGGGUUUGCUAGAGAUUGGGUUAGUUGCUGUGUUUAUGGGUUUAUUUCUUGGAUUUAUUUUUUGUUUUUCUAGAUUUGAUGGAGAUUGGGUUUGGUUGCUGGAUUUGGAUUUGGGGUUUGCUAGAGAUUGGUUUGGUUGCUUCUUGGAUUUGGGAAGAACAUGAAGAAAAUUUCCUGUUAGUAUUUAAUUUAA